GUUGGGGUGCUCUUAGAAGAGUACAUAACGGCGUCGUUGCAGAAUCUUCCCUCAAAACCCAAAACCCUAACUCCAUCAGAACCAAAACCUAACGCCAAAAACCACCAGGAGACAGACCAAAUUUGAGCUCCUUCAAUGGCGGAACCCCAAAUCUCCAAGACGUACCCUGUGAAACCCAAGCACAAACCUAAGCCCCGAACCCCAAAACAAACCGCAGAAUCCAAGUACUGGUCCUCCUUCAAAACCAAGCAAAUCCCAGACCUCAUCUCCUCCAUAACCUCCCUAACCUUCUCACCCACAACCCCACACUCAUUCGCUGCGGCGCACUCGGCCUCUCUAACCCUCUACAAUCCCCAAAACAAAUUUUCACCCACCGCCACCAUCUCUUCCUUCCGCGACGUCGUUUCCUCUGCCUCGUUCCGAUGCGAUGGUCUCCUCAUCGCCGCCUCAGACCUCUCGGGCCUCGUCCAAGUAUUCGACGUCAAAACCCGAACCCCACUUCGCAAGCUUCGUUCCCACACACGCCCAGCCCGUUUCGUCAAAUACCCAGUUGCCGAUAAGCUCCAUUUGGUUUCCGGCGGCGACGACGCAAUCGUUAAGUACUGGGACGUCUCCGGCGAGACCCCAAUUUGCGACUUGCUGGGCCACAAGGACUAUGUGAGGUGCGGCGAUUGCUCACCGGUUAGUGCGGACAUGUUCAUAACUGGGUCUUAUGAUCACACAGUGAAGCUUUGGGAUGUAAGAGUUAAGGAUUCUGGGUCAGUAAUGGAAGUGAAUCAUGGCAAGCCGGUUGAGGACGUAAUUUUCUUGCCAUCCGGGGGGUUAAUUGCAACAGCUGGUGGCGAUUCUGUGAAGAUUUGGGAUUUGAUGGGAGGUGGAAAACUGGUGUAUUCAAUGGAGAGCCAUAACAAGACUGUGACUUCGAUUUGUGUUGGAAAACUUGGGAAGGAUGUUGGGGAAGAAGCACAGCAGUACAGGAUUUUGAGUGUGGCAUUGGAUGGUUAUAUGAAGGUGUUUGAUUAUGCCAAAAUGAAAGUUACUCAUUCCAUGAGGUUCCCUGCUCCCCUCAUGUCAGUAGGGUUUUCGCCGGAUUGUUUGACCAGGGUUAUUGGGACUUCGAAUGGGACAAUAUACGCUGGGAGGAGGAAGAACAAGGAAGAUUUUGAGGGUGGCUCUGAUGAGGAGCUAGAGAGGCCGCUUUCCAAAUAUGAGAGGAGGCAAAAGAAGCUGAAGGCGUUAAGCUCUGGGGAUGCUGGGGGAUUGGGACCUGUGGAGGAACCACAGGUUCGGGUUUUGAAGCCUACUAAUUUUCGAUAUUUCCACAGAGGGCAAGGAGAGAAGCCAUCCGAGGGGGAGUAUUUGGUAAUGAGACCAAGGAAAGUGAAAUUAGGCGAGCAUGACAAGCUGUUGAAGAAAUUUAGGCACAAGGAAGCUCUAGUGUCUGUGUUGGGUAGUAAGAAUCCGGAGAAUGCUGUGGCUGUGAUGGAGGAAUUGGUAGCAAGGAAGAAAUUGCUGAAAUGUGUUUCGAAUUUGGAUACGGAGGAGCUCGGAUUGUUGCUGAUGUUUUUGCAGAAGCACUCGACCAUCCCUAGUUACUCAGGGUUGUUGAUGGGGUUGACAAAGAAGGUUCUAGAGAUGAGGGCUGAAGACAUUAGAGCUUCUGACGAUUUGAAGGGUCAUAUUAGAAACCUUAAAAGGUCUGUUGAGGAGGAAAUACGAAUACAACAAUCAUUGCAAGAGAUACAGGGUAUAAUUUCACCUUUGUUGAGGAUCACGGGAAGAAGAUGAAACUUGAUUGCUUUUUGUCAAUUUUCAUGAUCAAUUUAUCUUAUGUUUUUUACUUAUUACCUGCCUGAGGUUUCUUCUUAUCAUGGCAAGACAGUAUCUGCAAUUUUGUUUCUUUGGAAUCUACUCUGAAUGUUGUUUC